AUGCAAACUCUUUUCUUACAGCUACACGAUGAUUUUGGAGGUUUUUGUCACUCUGUUUCUCGUUUGGUUCAUCUGGUAUUUUAUCACUACCUACAUGAAGAGAAAGAACAUGCCUCCAGGACCAUUUCCCUACCCCUUCCUUGGAAAAAUUCCACAAAUCCUGUCAAACCAUUUAGUAAACUAGCUGAGAAAUAUGGAGACAUUUUCACAGUCACUUUUCCAAAUGACGACGCUGUCAUCUUGAAUACAGCAUCGCUAGUGCGUGAAGCAAAGCUUGCCCCCGGGAGACAAGAAGAUCUUAUGGGCAAAUCACCUGAGUCUUUCUAUCCUUUCGGGGAAAUAAUGGGUCAUAAUAUGGCCUCAUCUGAUUACUCACCCGCAUAUCUUUUUGAGAGGAAAGUUUUCGUAUCAGCAAUGCACAUUUUUGGCGCUGGGAUAGAGCGAGCCUCGGUCCGUGCAGGUCACGCUGUUGACAUCGCGAUAAAAGAAAUCGGAAAUAAACCUGGGAGAUCUUUUUCACCCAAGAAUCUUCUCGAAUCCUCCAUAGUUGUGCAACUUUUGGAAUGGCUUACAUCGAAGAAGAUGGCACUGGAUGACCCAAUUGUGAAGGAACUCAACGAAUUUGCCGCGAUUAUGACCAGGCAAGCAUUACUUAAUACAAUAUAUCAGUUAUGUCCGUUUCUUUGUUACCUACCAACGCAAUUUUCUCGGGAAAUAAAGCGAGCACAACAAAUUAGAGAGAAUAUUUUCCCACCGGAAUAUCGAGCCCACCAGGAAAGCUACAUUCCAGGCAUCAUACGAGAUCUCACAGAUAGCUUUAUCAGUGCAUACGAAAAAGAACUGGCCAAAGAGACUAGAAAAGACAUUGGUUCCAAAGAUAGUGGCAUUCCCGGCUUGAUGCUGAAUGUGGUUACUGUGGGAUCAGAAACUAGCUCGACAUGGCUAACUUGGUUUUUUCUUUACAACGUCUUAUAUCCCAAUGUGCAAAGUAAAAUACACGAGGAAUUGGACGCAGUAGUAGGACGUGAUCGUCUACCGAACUGGAAAGAUGCCAUACCUCCAAGCUACCUUGUGUGA